CCUUUUCCAGUCUCUAAAAUUGAUACUAGUAUUUAGAUUUUUUUUUAAUUAUUAGAAAGGGAAUUUUAAAAAUUGUUUGGCAAGAAGUAAUGCAUAUAUGAGUUUCAAAGUCAGAGCAGUUGAUGAGAAAGAAAGAAAGAAAAGUAAAGUAAUUAAAAGAAAAGAGAGGCAGAAGCAGAGGAAGAAGAAGAAGAUGUCAAAGUCAGACGCAGUAGCGAAUGGAAUAGCGGGAGCAGGUGGCGGUAUUAUUGCUCAGAUUAUUACUUAUCCUCUACAAACCGUAAACACGCGGCAGCAAACAGAGCGACUGGCCAAGAAGAAGCAGCAGCAUAAAACUAAUACGCUUCUUCAAAUUCUGCAGGUCAUAAGAUCCGAAGGUUGGGGCGGACUCUAUAGCGGCCUUAAGCCUUCUCUGCUCGGAACUGCUGCUUCCAUGGGCAUUUACUACUAUUUUUAUCAAGUUUUCAAGAACAAAGCUGAGGCCAUUGCCGCUGCCCGUCAAGCUAAAGGUCACGGAGAUGGUACGGUUCGCAUGUUUUCUUGGCUUCUUGUGGCUGCUAUGGCAGGCUCCUUGAACGUGUUAUUCACCAACCCAAUAUGGGUCCUUGUCACCCGUAUGCAGACACAUACUCAAGCAGAAAGAAAAAUAAUGGAGGGAAAGAAAGAAGCUUUGUCUAGGGAAGCUUUUGAGAGUGGUUCAACCGGUUUAGCUUUGCAGGAGAAAUUGGCACAACUUGAUUCAAUACAACCUCGUCCUUAUGGAACUUUACAUGCGGCAUAUGAAAUAUACAAUGAAGCUGGCAUUACCGGUUUUUGGAAAGGAAUUGUCCCUACGCUCAUAAUGGUUUGCAAUCCAUCUAUCCAAUUUAUGAUUUAUGAGACAUCCUUAAAACAUAUAAGGGCAAAACGAUCCACAAGUAAGCAGGGGCGUAAAGAUGUUAUUGCUCUUGAGGUCUUCUUACUAGGAGCCUUGGCAAAACUGGGAGCAACUGUCUCCACAUACCCCCUUUUGGUUGUCAAGUCAAGGCUUCAAGCAAAACAGGAUAUUGGUGGAAAUAAUUCAAUGAGAUACUCAGGUACUGUUGAUGCAAUAACUAAAAUGAUCCGUUAUGAAGGCUUGCCUGGUUUCUACAAGGGGAUGGGCACGAAGAUCGUACAAAGUGUUUUUGCAGCCUCUGUGCUAUUUAUGGUAAAGGAGGAGAUGGUUAAAGGGUACACAUGGGUUGCAGAAAAGAGCAAGAAAGUUGUAUUGAAUAUGAGUAAAUGAGGGUUUGAUGAUAUAGGAGGGAAAACAAGGCAUCUAAUGGAAAUGGAAUUCUAAAGCGGUCAAGAUAUACAUAGUUUAUUAUGAGGUGAGGAUGUUGCCUUACUGGUGUUACUAGAUAUCCCAAGUGUGACUCAAUUGCACAAUAUGUGCACCAACUGUAUGAAGUUGGGAGAAGGAGAAGAGAACAUGUGAUUCCUUGUAUUAAAAUGUUGACUUAUUGUACCUUGUGUUAAUGUAAUGAUGUAGUAGUAUUUACUA